AUGACCUGGAGCCCUGUUGCAGCUACCUUCUCUUCUCGUGUUGGACAGCUUCAAGGGGCAUCUUACAAACGCAAACAAAAUCUUGAAACCUCAAGAACUGAUAUUGUUGUGAUUCCAGGAGAUCUAACCAUGGAGUGCAAUGUUACACCAUUUAAUGGUUCAACAUUCGGGGAUGAACCAAAAGAUGGUUCACUUGUAUUUUUAACUGCUCCAAUAAAUGGGGAAACUGCAAGAACGGUUCAAGUUUUUACCACUUUCUGGCAAUAUGUUACAGCCAAUCAAAGCAAAGCAUUCCACGCAAGCGCGACAGCAUGUUUUUACCUCUUCCCACGUUUUGAAUACAUGUGGUGGUUGAAUAAUACGAACGUGGAAUUGAAUACAAGUCAUAUAGGUUCAGCAGUUGGUGGAUGGGAAAUAAAAUUACAUAAUAAAUUAAAGAAAAUGAGACUAAAUGAUCCAUCAUUAGAGGUAGAAUUAAAUAGGAUGAAAAGAAAAUCUGUAUCUAGUGCUGUCCCCAAAAGAAUUAAAUUGAAUCCACAAAGAGGUGAAGUAAAUUGGGCACCUGAUCAUAUUGAAGGUGAAGAUGAAACUUCCCAAGCCAGGCAUCGACAAAUUAUGGUAGAAGAAAGUAAAAAGAGUCCAUCUUUUCAAGAUCGAAAAACCUGGAACCAGAAGAUUAAGUGGGAUGAAGAUCUUCCUCUUCCCCUAAGUGAGCAGUUUGGGACUUGGUUGAACCAAUUGCCUCUGCUAUCUCAGAUUGAAAUUCCUCGUUGGUUAAAUAUUGAUUACGAAAACGAAGAUACCGUAGUGCUCCACGUUUUUUCGGAUGCUAGUAAAAGAGCCUAUGCCACAUGUGCAUUUUUAAGAGCUGAAACCAUCGAAGGUGUAAAGGUUCAGUUAGUAAGCGCGAGAAGUCGAAUAGCCCCAAUUAAGGAACUUACGAUUCCACGUCUUGAACUUCUCUCCUGUCUGAUAGGUGCCAGGCUUGCCAAAACAAUUCUAUCAGAUUUGAAACUUAAGAAUUGUAAAACAGUGUUCUGGAGUGAUUCUUCUACAGCUUUGGGGUGGAUAAGAAGAGAUCAAGCAUGGGGUACGUUUGUUCACAAUCGAGUACAAGAAAUAAGAUCGCUUACCAGAAUAUCUGAUUGGAGGCAUGUACCUGGAAGUUUAAAUCCAGCGGAUCUCCCAUCGAGAGGAUGUACUAUUGAGCAAUUACAGAAAUCGGCAUGGUGGGAGGGUCCAUCGUGGCUUUACCUACCAGAAGACGAGUGGCCCCAUGUAGAAGAAAAGCCUGAUGAAGAACUUAUAAACAAAGAAAAAAGGAAAACGAUUCUGACUCUUCUAGAUCAUGGAGACAAUUUGGACUGGUACUACAAAUACUUCUCUUCAUAUAGAAAAACCGUGAGAAUGAUCGCUUGGAUUUUCAGGUUUUAUCACAAUUUAAAGAACGAAGAUAAAAACCUAACUCCUGAUGUCUCAGUUGAUGAAUUGGAGAAUGCUGAAAAGGCACUUUGUAGAUUGGUACAGAAAGAAUCAUUUACAGGCAUAAAAGAUCCCGCUAUUCGUGCGCUGAGACCAAUCGUAGACCGAAAUGGAAUUUUAAGAGCCAAAACGAACGUCCUACAGCGUCAAGAUAAUGAAAAUUUCCGAUAUCCUAUCAUUUUACCUUCAAAACACCUUCUUGUUGAGAGACUAAUUUACGAGAAACAUCUAGAACUCCAGCAUGCUGGUGUCAGCACUUUAAUGACAAAUCUUAGAGAAAACUUUUGGAUAUUAAAAUCCAGGAAAAUGGAAGUCGAGCCAGGAUUUCCACCCGAAGAUCGAGUCAGAGAAGGGGCGACUUUUGAAGUCGUCGGUGUAGAUCUAGCGGGUCCUCUCUAUCUCCGUGAGGGGUCUAAAGCGUGGAUAGUCUUGUAUACAUGUGCCAUUUAUAGAGCCAUUCACCUCGAACUAGUUACUUCUCUAUCUACAGAAACUUUCAUCCAAUCUUUACGUAGAUUCAUUGCCAGAAGAGGUAGACCUUAUGUGAUAUAUUCCGACAACGGAACUAAUUUUGUAGGGACUAACAGUGUUCUUAAGAAAGUUAAUUGGAACGCCAUAUGUUCAGCUGCUUCUAUCCAAAGGAUACGAUGGAAGUUCAACCCUCCGACCGCCGCCUGGUGGGGAGGUUGGUGGGAGAGGCUUGUGCGAAUGGUGAAAGAAAAUUUAAGAAGAGUGUUAGGUCGAACGUCCUUAAAUUAUGAAGAAUUAUAUACUAUAUUAUGUGACUGUGAACAAGUGAUUAAUUCGCGACCUAUCACAUACGUAUCAGAGGAUAAUCAAGAUCCAUCACCACUGACCCCUAUGAUGUUCCUGCAAGAAUUGCCGUCAUCAGGAGUUCCUGAUAUGGACUACGUAGAUUCCAAAGAACUAAACCGUCGAGCCAAAUACCGACAGAGAAUAAGACAUGAUCUACGAAACAGAUUUCGUAAUGAAUAUCUUGGUCAGUUGAGACAACAGGCAAUAAAGAAGGGAAAAUUUCAACAGUUGCAAGUAGGCGAUGUCGUUCUGUUGGAAGACAGCCAGAGACGACGCAUACAUUGGCCUUUAGCCAAGAUAGUCGAGCUUUUCCCCAGUAAAGAGCGAUAG